AUGGCCUACAAGUUCACCUGCUCUGUGCUCCUGAUCGCUGCCUUCGCCGGCGUUUCCCUUGCUGAACCAGCCCGAUUCCGCAGUCGAUCCUCCCGCUUCCAAUUUGCCCGUCAGGAGCAAGCUCCUGUGGAUGCAGCUGCUCCGGCCGAUCCUGCCGUGGACAUAGCUCCCACUCCGGCCUCGGCUCCAUAUCCCCCAGCAGGAGUUACACCUGAGGUGCCCUUCGACCUGCCCACUGAGACGGAGGCUCAGCCAGACCUGACCUACGGACCUCCAGCGGAGCCGGACAAUACCUAUGGACCACCUGCCGAGCCGGAUAACACCUAUGGCCCACCGGCUGAUUCUGUUGCAGUGGACCAGGCUCCCGUUGAAGACAACCCCGCCGCGGAGCCCAUUCCGGCCAGUCUGAUCCAGCCACGUAAUGGACGCCUGCGCAGUCGUCGCCCCGUUCCGGAGAAGCUCCGUUCUGCCCAGAUUAUUCGCUCCAGACCUGUGUUGGUUUAUACCAUUUAA